AUGGAAAUUGUUGAUAAAGAAUAGAAUUUAGCCAAAAUUGAUAAGGAAAUUCGUACUCCUAAAACUGCUAGAGGUCGUAGACUCUUAAAGAAGAGAGAGCCUCAACUCGAAGAAGGCAGCAAAAAGACAAUUUUCAUUAAAGGAAAAAAAACUUCAGAAGAUGUUUCAAAGAUAAUGAAGGACAUUUACACUUUGAAAAAAAUCAAUUCUGUCAAUUUUUCUAAUAGACAUGAUGUUUUACCUUUUGAAAAUGUUUAACCUAUUGAAAAUUAUUGCAGCAAGCAAGAUUGCAGUCUCUUCGUUUUUGGCUCCCACAAUAAAAAGAGACCUGAUAAUCUCAUUCUUGGUAGAUUAUUUGAUGGACAUCUUCUUGAUAUGGUAGAAUUUGGAGUCAGCAACAUGAAAUCUCAAUCUAGCUUCACAAGUAUUAUCGAUAUUCCUUCUUAAGCUCGUCCUGUUUUAGUUUUCUAAGGUCCUCUCUUCGAUUCUGAACCUACCUUUAUGAAAAUUAAGAACCUUUUAAAUGAUUUCUUUGUCGAAAACAUCAACGUAGCUGAAAUAGAUAUUAUGACUGGUAUGAGAUAUACAAUAGUUUUUACUGCUAAUGAAAAAAAUAUUUUGAUGAGAACUUAUGCUAUAAAUAUCAAUAAAAGUGAAGUUAAUAAGGAAGAUUUAUAAUCAAAUAGUAAUGCAUCUGCAAUAUAAUUAACUGAAAUAGGGCCCUCUGCUGACCUUACAGUUAGAAGAGAAUAAUGGGCUUCUGAUGAAACUAUGAAAGUUGCCUGCAAACAACCUAAAGUAGUCAAGAAGAAACAAGAUAAAAAUAAAUUCACAGAUGCAUUGGGCAAUACAGUUGCUAAAAUCUAUACUAACCAUCAAAACUUUAAUGUGUUAGCUCUUAAAAAGAGAAAGAAACUAAAAACUAACAGCGGAGAAGAAAAAACUAUCGAUGUCGACGAUUUGUGA